UCAAUCUAACUGCGUCAACUCCCAUCAAACUCUCCCACAAAUGUUUUUGCCGUUAUUUUUUUUUUCCUGUCAGCAUUGGAGGAAAAAGAAGGGGACACGCCUGUGUUUGUCAAGCAGGUGUUUGUGUGUCUACUAGUGUUUCUGUCAUUCACCCACCACUUUGUUCAUCUACGCUGAAACAGAGGAGCAGAAAACCCUCAAUUCUCUCAGCAGCAAUCUCUCUUACUAGCAGGUAACUUUCAGGUACUUCUUAACCAGUUCCAUGUGUGCGCUACAAAAACAAAAGAAGCAGUGCCAACAUGCAGAACGCAGAAGCCGUGUCAGCAACUAUAAACACUAAUAGGAACUGUACAGUGGAGAUCACCAAUGUUAGCAGCACUUACUGCCUUAUCAAUCCAAAAGUGUACAUGUCCAGUGGGUUCAGUAACCAUCCACCUCAACCCACCAUCCGCACCACCAAGACUGAGGUUUGCUCAUUCACUAAGGAUGACAACACUCCCACCGGAGCUGUGGGCAUCUUGACCUAUGACGUCUUCAACAUGCAGAACCGUAUGUGCACUGAGCGUAUGGCCAUUCUGUUCUCUAUCCCCUUCGACUACCACCUCUACAAGAACGUGAUGGGCAUCGGGUUGUUUGAGAGCAGCCGUGGAUGUGACAAGGCCCUGUACAAGCACAUGUAUGAGGGGAAGGACUUCAGCCAGUUCACCCGUGCAGAUGCGGGGGGAACUGGAAUCAUCCACAAAGGAAAGAAAAUAGACUUAAGGGCCACCAUGUCUACUGUGGGCAAGGCUAUUAUUAAGCUAGAGGUCUAUGACAAGAUGGGCUAAACAAUAAACAAAUUUUGUCUGACAGUAACACAUAUGAUUAAAAUACUUUUUCCAUAUACUUUUUAUAAUCUUAAACAUCAUACGCAUAUUAAAUGUCAUAAUGCACACGCCAUUGUGCUUUCAAAUGUUGAUGCAACUUUUUGAUGUCUGUAUUAAUACCUGCAUUCAUGCUGCCCAGUUUUCUGAUUGUAAAUCUCAAAAUGUGUCUAAAUAAAAAGACUGUUUUGAAUA